AUGCCGCCGGAGAAAAGGUAUGGUAAAAAAGGUCCUUGUCACAGAAGAGAAAUCGGAUGUACAAAACAACCUUUUGAUGAAGCCGCCUAUCACUCUCUGGCCGGCACAACCGGAUCGUCCCUUCAGCAGUGCAUGAGCACCUUCCUCGAUAACCCAGAGACAGCUGCGAGUCAGUCGGCACCAGAAGAUGAUUACGUUUCUUUCAUGGUCUAUCUGCGAACAAACGGUGUCUGGAAAUCCGUGAGCGACGUGUUCAGGAUGUUAAACGAAACUAGGCCCAAAGAUCCGAUCGGGUUUUUCAAGGCGAAUGUAAAGAUCAAUAACAUCGACAGCAGAGCCAUCGAAAAAACUCGUCGAGAAAUCGCAGAAGCCGAGGAAAAGCUAAAGAUUCUAAGACACGACAAACUUGUGUUGACGGCUAAUUUAGAUUUACUGGACAAGAGAAUUCGUCUGAACCGAGAACCAAAUUCGGGCGUCGUCGGGAGCACAGCGGUCGUGGAGGACAACAACGAAAUGAUUUCCGAAAUGCUCUCUCAUUCCGAUCACGUAUAGGUGCGACGGACGAGUACAAAAUAUAGCUGUGACGACGUACUUAGAACAAACGGACUAAGAAAAUAAAAAAUUACUGUCCACGCGUGCAGCAACGAUUCGUAUCGGUCGUACUACUUAAUAGACUAUACCUAUUAUAUUAUUAUACAGUUAUUAUUAUUGUUUAUUAUAUUAUAUUUUGAUGAUAAACUCGCGCUCAGUCCUAAUAUAGGUAUGACGGUCGGUUGUUCACACUUGCCUUCACGACGAUUUUAUAUAUUCAUCAGGUGGCCGUUACAUAACUAUAGCUAUAUGUAGUAGUACCUACCUACAAUGUACGUUUUUUUCUCGUACUGACGCCAUAAAUACACGUAGAUCACUUCAUUUCAAUGGCAUCCGCAUCCGAAUUUAUUACACCGUCCAUCCUUACCU